AUGAUCCGAGUAACGUUAUAUAAAUUCUUCCAUUGUCCUGUAAAACGUUCAACAUCAAAGCUAAACAUUCAAGGUGCAUUAGCACUUGAUGGUAGUUCAUCGGAACAAAAUUACGAUUUUCCUAAUACUUGUGAAAUCGAAGAUCAAUCGGACAAUUGGAAAGAUUGUGCAAAUAGUUUAAGUAAAUAUAUUUGGAAUAAGAAUACGUGGUACGAUGACCAACCAAUUCAAAUCUGCGAUAUCAAAUGCUCGCGCAUCAUCAAAGGGCACGUCAGUAGUAAAUUUCAGUGGGUUUGGGAUGCUAGAUUCCAAUGCGAAAAUAAAAUCCCAGGCUUUAUCGGUAGAGCUCGAGGUUUCAAAACUCGCCGAGAAGCGAUGCAAUCAGCCAUGGCUCAAACCAUUGAACAAGCAUUUAACACAAAUCAAUUAACACCGAAUGACUUCAAAUGUUAA